AUGAACGUAGAAGGUGUUUUUUACGUUAACAGCACGUUAGAAAAACUCAUGUUAGACGAACUAAGAAAUUCUUGUCGACCUGGAAUGACUGGAGGGUUCUUGCCCGGAGUGAAACAAAUUGCUAAUGUAGCGGCGUUACCGGGGAUUGUUGGUCGAUCUGUUGGAUUACCAGAUGUUCAUUCUGGAUAUGGUUUUGCUAUAGGAAAUAUGGCAGCUUUUGAUAUUUCAAACAGUGACUCCAUUGUGUCACCUGGUGGUGUUGGGUUUGAUAUUAAUUGUGGGGUUCGGCUUUUAAGAACAAAUUUACAUGAAAAAGACGUAGUCCCCAUCAAGGAACAAUUAGCACAAAGCUUAUUUGAUCACAUUCCUGUGGGUGUGGGAUCUAAGGGUAUUAUUCCUAUGAAUGCUCGAGAUAUGGAAGAGGCCUUAGAAAUGGGCAUGGAUUGGUCACUCAGGGAAGGUUAUGUGUGGGCAGAAGAUAAGGAGCACUGUGAAGAAUAUGGUAGAAUGUUAAAUGCUGAUCCCUCAAAAGUAAGCCUUAGAGCCAAGAAAAGGGGUUUGCCACAACUUGGCACUUUAGGUGCUGGUAACCACUAUGCUGAAAUUCAGGUAGUUGAUGAGAUAUAUGACAAAUUUGCAGCUGGGAAAAUGGGUCUUGAACGAUUAGGUCAAGUAUGUGUCAUGAUACAUUCAGGAAGUAGAGGUUUUGGACAUCAAGUUGCAACUGAUGCAUUAGUGCAAAUGGAGAAAGCAAUGAAAAGAGAUCAAAUCGAAGUUAAUGAUCGGCAGUUAGCUUGUGCUAGAAUCCAUUCUAAAGAAGGUCAAGAUUAUUUAAAAGCUAUGGCUGCAGCUGCAAAUUUUGCCUGGGUCAACCGCAGCUCUAUGACUUUCUUAACGCGUCAGGCUUUUGCAAAACAAUUUAAAAUGGCCCCAGAUGACUUAGACAUGCAUGUUAUAUAUGAUGUUUCACAUAAUAUUGCAAAAGUAGAAGAACAUGUUGUUGAUGGUUCUCUUAAAACUCUUUUAGUACAUAGAAAGGGAUCUACAAGAGCUUUUCCCCCACAUCAUCCACUAAUUCCAGUUGACUAUCAACUGACUGGACAACCAGUACUAAUAGGUGGUUCUAUGGGAACUUGUAGCUAUGUACUAACUGGGACUCAUCAAGGCAUGACUGAAACAUUUGGUUCUACUUGCCAUGGAGCUGGUCGUGCAUUGUCUCGGGCAAAAUCAAGACGGAAUAUAGACUAUAAGGAUGUACUUGGUAAAUUAGAGGAAAUGGGAAUUUCAAUAAGAGUUGCAUCACCAAAACUAGUUAUGGAAGAGGCUCCUGAGUCCUAUAAAAAUGUUACCGAUGUUGUUAAUACAUGCCAUGCUGCUGGAAUAAGUAAAAAGACUGUGAAAUUACGGCCAAUUGCCGUGAUUAAAGGAUAA